UACCUUCAGGCAGAGAUCGCUGGUGGCUCAGGUGCCAGGCGGCUCCGGGAAUUCUGGCCACGCGCCUUCGCCGAGGCCGGCCACAGGCUGAACGCCCUGGGCUGGAUACUCCUGUGUGCCCACCAGCAUCGCGUGCUAGAGAUCAGUGGGCCAUCUUCCCCACGCCCCCGGGGGUGUCACCAGAUGAAAAGGAUACACAAAGAUCGAGGAGAAACUGAUACAAGGGUAUAGUCCCCAUCAUCAUUACAUAACCUGGUUGAACAAAAAUUGAAUUUUUAAGGACAAUGGCAUAAAGCCUGUAAGUCAUCAUGGGAAACAAAGUAUGACCUUAAACUGUCAACUUGCAACUAUUUUUGAACAGUGCCAGAACUCAAGAAAAGCAGAGAGAAUCUUCCAUCUACUGAUUCACCCCUCAGAUGCCCAUAAUGGCCAGGGCAGAUCCAAGCUGAAACCUGGACCCCAGAACUCAAUCCAAAUUGCCCAUAAACAGGAUUAUCUUCCUAUCCACAAAGAUGAAAAAGACUGGAUAUUUUCAAAAGACAACGAAGUGAGCAAUGCACACUGAUGAAUAGAAUCAAUAAGAACGUGAUUUUGGCCCUUUUAACAGUGGCAAGUUCUGCGUUUCUGCUGUUUCAGCUGUACUACUACAAGCACUAUUUAUCAGCAAAGAAUGGAGCUGCUUUAUCAAAAUCCAGAGGAAGCAGAAUUGGAUUUGAUAGCUCACAGUGGCGUGCUGUUAAAAAAUUUAUUAUGCUAACAUCCAGCCAAAAUGUACCAGCUUUUCUUAUUGACCCUUUGAUUUUGGAAUUGAUUAAUAAAAACUUUGAACACAUCAAAAAUACUUCUCAUGGCUCCACCUCAGAAUGCAAGUUUUUCUGUGUUCCAAGAGACUUCACUGCAUUUGCGCUACAGUAUCACCUAUGGAAGAAUGAGGAAGGCUGGUUUCAGAUAGCUGAGAAUAUGGGAUUUCAGUGUCUAAAGAUUGAGAGCAAAGAUCCUAGACUUGAUGGGAUAGACUCACUUUCUGGAACUGAAAUCCCCCUGCACUAUAUCUGCAAAUUGGCCACUCAUGCCAUCCACUUGGUGGUCUUUCAUGAGAGAAGUGGUAACUACCUCUGGCAUGGCCAUCUACGACUCAAAGGACACAUUGACAGGAAAUUUGUUCCUUUUCGAAGAUUACAGUUUGGUCGUUAUCCUGGAGCUUUUGACAGACCAGAAUUACAGCAGGUUACUGUUGAUGGACUAGAAGUUCUCAUUCCAAAAGAUCCAGUACACUUUUUAGAAGAAGUACCACACUCUAGGUUCAUUGAGUGUCGGUAUAAAGAAGCUCGAGCAUUCUUUCAGCAGUACCUUGAUGAGAACACUGUGGAAGCUAUGGCCUUUAGGAAGAAUGCAAAAGAAUUAUUGCAGCUAGCAGCCAAAACACUAAACAACUUGGGAGUACGAUUCUGGCUGAGCAGUGGAACUUGUCUAGGAUGGUAUCGGCAGUGCAAUGUUAUUCCUUAUAGUAAAGACGUUGACCUAGGAAUUUUUAUAGAAGAUUACAAAUCUGACCUUAUUUUAGCAUUUCAGGAUGCAGGACUUCGACUCAAACACAAGUUUGGGAAGGUAGAAGACAGCUUGGAACUAUCCUUCCAGGGAAAAGAGGAUGUAAAACUUGACAUUUUUUUCUUCUAUGAAGAGACUGACCAUAUGUGGAAUGGAGGCACCCAGGCCAAAACGGGGAAAAAAUUUAAGUACCUGUUUCCCAAGUUUACAUUGUGCUGGACUGAGUUUGCAGAUAUGAAGGUCCGUGUGCCCUGUGAAACCAUUGAAUACAUUGAAGCCAACUAUGGUAAGACUUGGAAGAUUCCUGUAAAGACGUGGGAUUGGAAGCAGUCUCCUCCCAAUGUUCAGCCCAAUGGAGUCUGGCCUAUUUCUGAGUGGGAUGAGGUCAUCCAGUUAUACUGAGAAUUUCUACCCUGAAAUACAGGUGGAUAACUGUUUUAGAAAAUAUGUGUCUUUUGGUCAAACAUAAGUUGGAGCCAAAGAAAAAAUGACAAGUUUGAAGACACAGAAUACUCGCUCCUGAGCCAACUGAUUUAGUUCUUGCAUUCAGCGUUUGAAAAGGAGUUUCCAUGUGCCUCUUUAGAUGGUAAGUUACAGUGGAGAAGCCAAAAUGAGUGAGACAAAUAUCUGCCUCUUUUUCCCUUCCCUGUGGUAAGCACUACAAUUUUCCUUUGAGGGAAACAUCCCUGCCCUUUGAAGAGCUCAAGUAAAACAUGAUAUGUCCUACCAGGGUUUAAAGAUAUCAAGUCAUGUUUGCACUGGAAGAGGAGCUUACCAGGCAACUCCAAGGAAGGCUAAAUGUUAAAAAGAGUAAUUCAUUCCUGUUUAGGGCAUGUGAUUUUGUAUGUUACCUUUUUGUAUGCUACUUUUAAGAUUUUAGAGUAUGGGUUAAUACUCAAAUGAUCAGACCUUUGGCAGCAUUAAGAUGGUAUGGGACUGACAUUUGUGGUGUAGUAAGGGAAAGCCGCCACCUGUGACACUGGCAUCUCAUAUAGGCACCAGUUUGAGUCCCAGCUGCUCCACUUCUAAUCCAGCUCCUUGCUUAUGCACCUGAGAAAGAAGAGGAAGAUUGACUAAGUGCAUUAGGCCCCUAUACCCAUGUGGGAGACCCAGAAGAAGCUCCUGGCUCCUGGCUUUAGCCAGGCCCAGCCCCAGCUGUUGCGACCAUUUGGGGAGUGAACAAUCGGAAGAUCUCUCUAUCCCUCCCUCUCUUUUUCCCGCCCCUUGCCCCCAGUAAUUCUUGCUUUCAAAUAAAUAAAAUAAAUCCUUAAAAAAGAAAGAAAAGAUGGUAGCCGAUUGAUUAUACAAGCAAUCGGAAGUGGGAAUUGAUUCAGAACACAGAGCAUUAUUCUACAAGGUAGGUAGGCCUUGUCAGGAUAAGUAAAUUUCCAUAUACUUACUACUUUAAUAUUUGAAAUGAGAACAAAGUUUAUGCUUGUGUGAUGCGUAAGUUUCCAGUCAUGUGAGAAAAUAUUUUCCCUGAGUCCUGAUAGCACUUACUAGCAAAUCAUUCAAAUGGGACCAUGUUAUUGGAAAUGACUUUGAAAGAGUGAUGAUUUCACAAAUCUGUAAUUCAUCCUCAAAUUUUGUUCUCAACUAUCCUAAAUUUUAUAAUCCAUGUACUCAUAAUUUUGAUGUUAACACUAAGAUGGUAUUGCAAGCACCUCUAAUUUUUCUAAGUGUCCUCUUUAUUGUAUUUGUUUACCAAUUACAUCUCAAUAUCUUUAAUUUAUGGCCUGUAUUCCUACUUGAAUGGUAUGUAAACUUAUCUGUUCCUUCUUUUCUUCCAGUACUUCAGAAGGUAAAUGGUAAACUUGGCAAUUAUUCCCCACUCUAAAUUAUUAUAAUAUUUAAUAAGUUUGUAUCCAUCUCUGGUUGUUCAGUCUGCUGAAUACUGUUGGGGCAAGAACUCAGAUUUCCCUACUUUAUCAAAUACUACCAUGGAGGAACCCUGCAGUUUUCCAUUCUCCCCUCGAAAUACAUCUCUGAGUGGUCUGAGGUAGCCCUUUUCCCAUUUCUUCACUAUUCACUUGAAUGAUAUAUUCACUUAGCAGGAGGGAAAGGGAAAUGCAGACAUAGUAAGCACUGCUUUGUCUGGGAAAGGAAUUUGAGUCUUAUGUCUUAUCUGUGCUGUUUAGGACUACUUUCCUCUAAAACUAGAGAAUAAAAGGAGUCUCAGAAACAGAAACUAGAAUGUCUUAGGGAAUAGGCUGACAGAGUUUCCUGAAAACAAAGUUAGGGAAAGUAACUUACAACCACUCCUCCCUCCUAAUUUUAAAAACAACAUGGAAACUUUCUCUGAUAAAUAAUAACCAACAGCAUUCCUCUCUUAGGGUCUGUUCUCUUUGCAGAAUCAUAGCAUCAUUUCAUAAGUACACAUGGAAGUUUUUCAGAGACCUUGAUAGCUUAUCCUCAGGCUUGUCCCUGAAUGACAAGUCAUCAUAAUGAGCUUUUUCUUCCUAGAAAAUCAAGCCAUAGAAUAUAUACCCACAUUCUAGGGAUGACCCUAAUACAAAAAAACUACUCUUUUUUAUAUUCGAAAACAAUAAAAUAGAUAAUUUACUGGGCAAAGUCUACGCUACUUAGUAAAAACCAUUGUUUCUUCCCAUUUCAAAUUGCUAGUUCUACUGUUUUCCAGGAGAUCUUAUUCAUCCCUGUUCUGGUUAUUUCUCUUCAGUCUGUCCCUACGUAUGAGGUCUUUGAGUAUCCAAAAUUCAGGAUAUCUUGGCCCCUUGGGCAGAGGCUCCAUAUCUUUCUCUACAGAUACCACUGGUUGCUAAAAUACUUUCUUGGCCUCUUUCUGGUCUCACAGGCUUUAGCUCUUGGGUUUCACCCUAAUUUGGGGGAUUGAAAGCCUUUCCCCAGAUUCUGAAGGCCUAGGUUGGCUCUAGCAAUGAUUCAGCCAUUCUCAGCCACACUGCUUCAUGUGCUUCUUAGCUGCUACAAUCUGCAGAGUAUUCAGGAACUUUGGAUUAGGUUUGUCCACUGUAAUGCGUCCCCUGAUCACUCUUCUUUCUCCAUGAAUGCUUUGACAUUCAUUCUCCUAAUAUGACCACUUUUGAGUCUAGUUUGCCUGGCCUACCUGGAGAAGACCUCUUGUUGGUAGUUAGGCACCACAGAUGUCUGCAGAGAGAGCCUAAAAAGCAAGAUCUAUCUUAAUUGACAGCUAGGCAGCCAAUAAGUCCUGUUUGCAGAGAGUGUUUGACCUUCUUUCCUCUGCUCCAGCUACUGACAUUUGGUCCCUGGAGUAAAACCAUAGUCCCCCACAUUGAGCAUUCCUGAGAAUACCUGAGCACUGGGAUGGCUGGUUUCCUUGAUAACACCCUAACUACAAACCCUGAUGUGUGACCACUACAUGGAAGAAUAUCUUCCAGCAUCCCCCUAAACAAGUUAGCACUUCUGAAAAUCAUCCAGCUCUUGAAUCUUAAAAGCCAGAAAGGGUCUCAGUGCAACAUUUAUUUUAAACUUAUUUUAUAACAUGUCAGUCUAAAAAAGGAGUGAUCUGAGCAAAAAAAUACCUCUAAGCCUAAAACCCAAGAAUGCUAUGACUUCAAAUCCGGUGUCUGUUUCCUUGCACCCCAGCACAGCAUUUUUAGCCUUGAUGAGACACUUGACAGAGAAGUCAUCCAGUGGCACAGGGAAACUAGAUUUCAGGGGGUUUCUACCUUUCCCCUUUUAAUUUCUUUUAUUCGAGUUAAGAACCUAAGAUGAAAAAAAAAAAAAACCUAAAGAAAAAUGUUUCCAUCUUGUCCAAAAAUUUUAGGCUACUUCCCUAUUUUUGUCUCUAUAAAAUCAAACAGUUUCCAUUGGGAGACAUCAGCCUCUGGUACCUGUUUCUUCUAAGCUCCCGUUGUCUCCUUUUGCUACUUUCCCCCUAUGUUUUUCCCCAGGGAACCAUCAGCAUAGAUUUGCUAAAUGCCUGUUUCUGAAGAGCCUCUCACCUUCCUAAAGCUAGCUUUCCUGAGGCUUCUAAAGCCUGUUCCUUCCUGGGGAUCUUUGUCUCAUAGUGGUGGUCCUGUUUCUUCACAGAGAAUAAUAGUUGGGUAAACUGGAAUGCUUUGCAGUUUCUUGGACUUCUAAAAAACCUGCUUGGCUAGAAAGGCAAUUGGAGUGUCUAGUUUGAAGUAUUUAGACUGCUUUUAGUUGUAUUUAUAUUGGUAUCUUUCAUGAAUACAAGUAGAUUACUAGAUUAUGGUUUUUACUUUUGAAAUUUGUGGGCCCCACCCAUCGUUUCUACUCUUAACCAGCUACAGUGUUUCAAAUGACUCCCAGCAUAGGCAGGACAUUACACAAGAAGGGAUUAUAGCAUAGGUUUCAGAGCUAAAUCUGGAAGACAGACUUGCAAUGAACUCAGCCUAAAAUCUCACCACAUAUCUAAAGCCUAAGGCUGCAGAUUUUUCUGAGUCUCCUCCAGUUACUCCUUCCAGAAAGUGAACAGUUCUUUCCACCGAGGUGUUACAAAUCCCUAGGGAAAAAUCUCCCCUCAAGACCUUCUCAGAGACAAUGCCACAUUCCCACCUUUUAAAUAUAAUCAGCAGCUAUUACAGCUUCAAGGCGAGGAAAAAUUUUACUUACUAACCAAAGAAUUUCUCUGAAGAAAUGUCCCACAACUUCUCUUUCCUCCUGGGCUUCCUCUCUCAUUAAACAUGAGCUAGGUCAUCCCCACUAUCUCCUAAGGAAGGCAACAUGUUGGCAUAAAGAGACCACAGGCUUCUGAGUGAGGUCCAGGUUUGAAUCCCAGUGUCGUCAUGUGUGGUUCAUGGUGCAGAGAUCCCUCAGCCUCAGUUUCCACUUGAGUGAAUUGGAGAAAUUCACUCAAUAAGGAAUUUUAGGAGGUUUAAAUGAGAUGUAAAAUUUUUAGCCUCAGGCCUAUGAUUAAGUAUGUACUCAAAAAAAAAAAAAAAAGUACUACUUCCUACUUCCAUGUGUGUGUUUGUUUGUUUCUAGGUAUAUUUGUUUAUUUGAAAGGCAGAAUGAUAGGGAGAGAUAGAAAACAAUCUUCCAUCCACUGAUUCACUCUCUAAAUGGCUGCAGCAGCCAGAACUGGGCCAGGAACUCCAUCCAGGUCUCCCAUGUGGGUGAAAGAGUCCCAAAUACUUGGACUGUCCGCUUCUGUCCUUCCAGACACACCAGUGGAAAGUGAGAUCAGAAGCAGAGCAGCUGAGACUAAAACCAGUACUCCUUAUGGGAGGUUGGUGUCACAUGUGGCAGCUUAGCCCCUGCACCGCACCCCCAGCUCCUCCAUGUUUCUUUUCAAAUUGACUUCAAAUGGAACUGAUAGAAGCUUUGAGUCAGGACACUGCAUUACUCAGAAGUCUUCAUAGCUGAAUUUGCUAAAGAAAAAAAAAAUCAUUCUAUCAAUGCAUUGAAGUUAAAAUAGUGUGGUUUAUGAAUUCAGGGACAUUAUCAGUUUGCCUCCUUUUUUUGUUUUUUUUAAAGGUUUAUUUUGUUUAUGUGAAAGGCAGAGUUACAAAGAGAGACAGGGAGAGAAAGAUGUCUUCCAUCUGCUGGUUCACUUCCUAAAUGGCCUCAACCGUUGGGGCUGGGCCAACCUGAAGCCAGGAGCCAGGAGCUUCUUCUGGGUCUCGCAUGUGGAUGCAGAGUCCCAAGCACUUGGGUCAUCUUCCAUUGCUUUCCCAGGCCAUUAGCAGGGAGCUGGAUCAGAAAUGGAGCAGCCAAGACUCAAACUGGUGCCCAUAUGAGAUGCAGAGUUGCAGGUGGCAGCUUUACCCGCUAAACCACAAUGCUGGCCCCAACCUCCUAUUCUUAAUAGAACUUGUGUUUUCAUUUUGUUGGUCAGGUUUUUCUCUUAGGUUUUCCUUGUAUUAGCCCAUGUGCUCGCUGAUACUUUGGUUUCAAGCAAUUCAUUUUCUGUACUUACCUAGAUUUGGUGGCUUAGACUGCUUAGACUUUCUUUUUUUUUUUUUUUUUUUUUUAAGAUUUGUUUAUUUAUUUGAAAGAGUUACACAGAGAGAGGAGAAGCAGAGAGAGAGGUCUUCCAUCCACUGAUUUACUCCCCAGUUGGCCGCAAUGGCCGGAGCUGUGCCGAUCGGAAGCCAGGAGCCUGGAGCUUCCUCCCGGUCUCCCACUUGGAUACAGGCGCCCAAGGACUUGGGCCAUCUUCUACUGCUUUCCCAGGCCAUAACAGAGAGCUGGAUCGAAAGUGGAGCAGCCGGCACUUGCAUCGGCGCCCAUUUGGGAAUGCCAGCAUUGCAGGUGGUGGCUUUACCCGCUAUACCACCGCACCAGCUCUGACUUUCAAUAUUCUAGCUUUUCCUAGAGGUAAACUUUGACCUACUUACUAGCAGAAUUAGAAUAUUAAGUCAUAAUUUGUAGAGGGAGGUAAUUUGGAAUACUUAAUUUCAUUUAAUUGUUUAUGCUGAUGAAUUCUUGUAUCAGUGUUAAGAAAAAUGCAAAUAACUCAUUGCUGGGGUAGGCAUUUACCAUAGAGGUUAUGAGACCACUUGGGAUGCCCACAUCCAUAUCAGCGUGCCUGGGUUUGAGGCUGCGCUCCUGAUUCCAGUUUUCUGCUAAAGCACACUCUGGGGGAAAGCAGGUGAUGGCUCAGGUAGGUAGGUCUCUGCCUCCCACGAGGGAGACCUAGAUUGAGUUUCAGUGUGGUCCAUGCUAUCUAUUGCAGGCAUUUGGGAAGUGAACCAGCAAAUGGGAGGUAGCAUAUUUCUUUCUCUCUCUUCUCUAUCUCUCUCUCUUUCUCUUUCUCUCUUUGUGUGUAUGUGUCUCCCAUCACCUUUCAAAUAAAUAAAAAUAAGAAAAUAAUUUUUAAAAGAAAAUACUCAUUUCUACCUUCAUCCCGUAAAUUUUGUUUCUAACUAUGCAAGAAAUCAGGAGAGAUAGAUGUUAUCAUUCUAUUCUUGCUCCACAUGAGACUGAAAUCCUAAUUAUAAUUUGUAAGUCAAAUAGAUCAAUUCAACAGUGAUACCUUUUGUACAGGACUAGUGCUUAACGUAGGCAAAUAGACAUUUUCUGAUGAGAAAUCUGCCUUAUCAAAGCAUCUAGCCUAGAAUGUCCACCCUUGUCACUGCUAACCCAACUUAAAACAGAUGGAUCCGUUAGACAACCAACAUGCUAUAAACUUAUGAACACCUCUUACACUAGAGUUAAAAGGGAGCAUGAGAAUUAGAAAUACUUUAUUUUGUUGUAUAAAAUGAGACACUGACUCAUAUACUUUUUAAAAUUUUUUUAUUUUUAAUUUGUAUGUAUCUCAUAAACGCAUUAUAUAUGUAGUAAUUCUUCCCACCAUAUCACUUUUUUUUAAUUAGAUUUUAUACCCUUUUGUUGAAGCAUGGGAAAUAAUUCAUGUGUUUGCUUGAUGAAAUCAUAUUUAGCUAUUUGUGUAUUGUUCCUUCAACUUCAUAGUUAUAGAAAUAUGUGUAUGAAUUUUCUAAACAAAAUGAUAUUUUAAACAUGAAUAGAUUUUAGUGUAUGCUUACCAGUUUACUAUUUGAUUUUAUCUUCAGGUACAGUUUAUGGUACUACUGACAAUACCUUUAAUAUUAUUAUCUUGAUCAGAAUUUCUAAUAUAUAAUCCAGUUUGGGAGGAUGAAUAAAAUUUUUCUAAUCUCUUGA